UGUGUGUGUAUGCGUGCGUGCGUGCGCGCGCGCGCCAGUGGGUGAGCCCCUGAAGUGAUGGCAGGGGAAGAGGCGACACUCACAGAGGAAUGAGAGCUUUUUGGGAAUGGCGGACAAACCGUCGGCGCUGUUCGUGAAGCUGUUCGCCGCCGUCUUCUACGGUCUGAGCUCCUUUCUCAUCGUCGUGGUGAACAAAAGCGUCCUCACUAACUACAGGUUCCCCUCCUCAAUAUGUGUCGGGAUAGGACAAAUGUUGGCCACAGUAAUCGUGCUGUGGGUGGGCAAGGCUGCGAGGGUGAUCACCUUCCCGGACUUCGAUGAGAGCAUACCUCACAAGACUUUUCCACUACCUCUCCUGUUUGUGGGAAAUCAAAUCACUGGUUUGCUGGGCACCAAAAGGCUGAAUUUGCCGAUGUUCACUGUCCUGAGGAGGUUCUCCAUCCUGUUCACGAUGCUGGCCGAGGGAAUUCUGCUGAAGUAUGAGCUCUUGAAGAAGUUCUCCAGGCCGGUCCAGCUGACGGUGUUCACAAUGAUCCUCGGGGCGUUUAUCGCUGCCAGUGCCGACUUGUCCUUUGACCUGCAAGGCUACGUCUUCAUCCUCCUGAACGACAUCCUGACCGCAGCCAAUGGGGCCUACGUGAAACAAAAAUUAGAUGCCAAGGAGUUGGGAAAAUAUGGAUUAUUGUACUAUAACGCUUUAUUUAUGAUCGUCCCCACCCUGCUGUUGGCCCAUGUGACUGGAGAAAUGCAGAAGGCAGCUGAGUUUGACGGCUGGUCAGAUGCCAUUUUCCUCUCUCAGUUCAUCCUCUCCUGUGUCAUGGGGUUCGUCCUGAUGUACUCCACCGUGCUGUGCACACAGUACAACUCGGCCUUGACCACGACCAUCGUGGGGUGCAUCAAGAAUGUGCUGGUGACGUACAUCGGCAUGGUGUUCAGCGGAGAUUACAUUUUCUCUUGGACUAACUUCAUUGGUCUGAACAUCAGCAUCGCCGGCAGCCUGGUGUACUCGUACAUCACCCUCACCGAGGAGCAGUCCAGCAAAGCAAGCGACAACACCAAGCUGGACAUCAAGGGCAAAGUGGUUGUGUGACACUGGAUUUCCACCCAAAAAACAAACAAAAGGUUUUUACUGGGACUUAUUUAUGGAGUGUUUUUAAGCAGCUAAUGCACAGCAUUGGCAGGAGAUUUGCUCCACGAACAGAUUUUUGAUGGAAAUGGAGCUCCCGCGGUUACCAUGGUUUCAAAACUUUCCACAGGGAAUUGCAGGCUUUUAUUUUUUUUAACGCUGUUUUCUUUGUAUGUACUUUAUUGUUGAUGCUGUACUUGUUUAAGGUUUUAACAAACAAGGGAACUGAUGGUAUUUAUAUGGACUUUCUGAUAUUUAGACUAACUGAACAUCUCACGCUUCAGUUCUUGAGACGACAUUAUGUCUCCUGAGCACGGGAGUGAGCAGCCGCUGUAGCUUUUGUGUUGACACAGUCACUGUUUUGUUUUAUUUUUCUAAAUAAUUUAAAGGCACAACACUUGUUUUGUGCAUUUUUUUUUUCUGGUUUGCUGUUUACAGGGAAUGUAUCUUCAGAGGCUUACUGAGCACAGGGAGAUGCACUGACAUGCACUGUCGUUCAUUCUUUAGCCUCCAGCUUUCUUUUUCUUUCCUCCUUUUGCAUUAUUACUUUUUUUUUUUCUUAACAGCUAUUUAACCUCAUCCUUCAAACAACCAAAUUGGAUGGGCAGCGGUUUGGUUUCCUGUUCAUGAUCGUGGCUUUAAAUCAUGUUACUGCCUCCCUAUGUUUUUGGGAGAUUAUUAUAAAUCUGUUUUAAGUUGUUUGUUUUUUUGUUUUUAUUCCAUCAGUAUUAUAGAUGGUCACACACUCCCGAAGGCUGCAACUGCCAAGUCCACAAAAAUUCUUGUUGCUUGCACAAGGGCACGUGGACAGUGUUUUUUGCACUUUUAACAGGUAACGCCUGCAAAAAAAAAAGUGGAAAAGAAUUCAUUAGCAAGAUUUAGAAUGGAUUGAGUGUUGGGACUGGUACUUGGUUAUUUAAGCAUUUAAUUAUCAAGUAGGAGUGCUGACUUUGUUUUUCCUAUGUGUAUUGUUUUCUAUUUAUUACUUGUAGGUGUCUGUGUAGGUGGAGUGAUGUCAGUUGUGGCUGGUACGAUCUCAAAGUAAUUUGUAGCUAAUAACUGAUGUAUUUUUACAUAAAAAAAAACUUGACUUGUUUAUAUAUAUUUUUUUUCCUUUUUUUUCCGGGUGGUGCUUCUU